AUGUUCAGCCGCAAAGAUGACAGCAGCAGGGAGUCAUCCUCUUCCCGCGCCUUUCCUAACGAAAAGAACGCAGAUGCCAAACCCACCAAUCAAACCGUGCUCCGUCCGACCCCGUCACGCCAGCCCUCAGCCAGCAAGCUCGACAAAGCUGCUCACGGCCAGUAUCAACGUUUCUGGAUCAACGAAGAUGGAACUCACGAACAUCAUCUCAAAGUGGCACGGCGGCAGGAGAAGCUCUCCGACAUGUUCCAGAGCCUCAUGCUAGGAAAGAAGAAGGAAGGCACUCACGAAGAUCAGCCCCUGAGCCUCAUGUCCAACUGGGUUGACGUCAUGCGCAACGAGAAGGAAAAGCUGGCCGAAGCAAAGAAUAGCGCAAACGCGUCUCUAACGCUGGUACAAAAGUACGGGAAAUGUCAGGAGGUGGUGGGCCGUGGUGCUUUCGGCAUCGUUCGCGUCGCCCACAAAACCGAUGCCAAAGAUCCUCGGCGCGAGCAGCUAUAUGCCGUCAAAGAAUUCAAGCAGCGGCCCGGGGAAUCGGACAAGAAGUACCAGAAGCGCCUUACCGCAGAGUUCUGCAUCUCCUCCUCGAUGCAGCACCCCAACGUCAUCAACACCCUCGACCUCCUCCAGGACGAUAAGGGAGUCUACUGUGAGGUCAUGGAGUACUGCUCCGGUGGCGAUCUCUAUACCCUCGUGCUCUCGGCUGGCCAGCUUGAGGUGGUCGAGGCCGACUGCUUCUUCAAACAGCUCAUGCGCGGCGUCGACUAUAUGCACGAGAUGGGCGUUGCGCAUCGCGACCUGAAACCGGAAAAUCUCCUCCUUACCUCGCAUGGCUCUAUCAAGAUUACCGAUUUUGGCAAUGGCGAGUGCUUUCGGAUGGCAUGGGAAAAGGAGGCACAUAUGACGGCUGGUCUGUGUGGGUCUGGCCCAUAUAUCGCGCCAGAGGAAUAUGUCGACAAGGAGUUCGAUCCCCGUGCUGUCGAUACGUGGGCGUGCGGCAUCAUUUACAUGGCCAUGCGCACCGGCCGUCACCUCUGGCGUGUUGCCCAACGUGGCGAAGACGAGUUCUUCGACCGUUAUCUCGAAGACCGGAAAAAGGAAUCGGGCUAUAGGCCCAUUGAGGUUUUGCGUCGGCAAAAGUGCCGCAAUGUCAUCUACUCGAUCCUUGAUCCGAAUCCUCAGCGACGUUUGACCGCUCAUCAGGUCCUCUUCUCCGAAUGGGUCAAAGAGAUCAAAGUCUGCCGUGCGGGAGACGAGGGCUUCUAA